GUUAAAGUUAUAUCACGUGACCAGAGUAUCAGCACAUUGCCAAUGUGUCUGCCAACAUCACAGUCUCUACAGUGGGAUUAACAUAACGAUGUUUUCGUUUGAAGACCUCAUGACAAGUCUUCAAGACUGUGUGAUCUCCGAGGACCGUGCAGCGGAAAAUGUCAGGCAAACCCUCAGGGUCUUCACUGAUAAACUGUCUGAAUCCUCCAGGAGUAGCGUUAAAAGAUGCAAGGAGCGCUGCUUGGACGAGGCUGUCCAGCUGCUGAGACGAAUCCCAGAGGCGCAGCUUCAUGUUUUAGAGGAAAACCACCUCCUGCUUCUUGUCCGGCUCCUCAUCUCCAUGCAGCUGCAGAUGGUCAGCAUCUCCACAGCCUGUCGGAAAGUGGACCAGAUGUUGCAACACUUGGCCAAGGUGGACCAGCAGUUGGUUUUUAGAGAAACCCAUCACUGUUUGCACUCCAUAGUCCAAACUGACCAGAUCUUGUCCUAUGAGGAUCUGCAGAGAGCCUGUAUGUUCCUGGAAGACAGCGCUGUUGGUCGUGAGGUGUGCCGAGAGUCGUACCUGUCCUUGCUGAACAAAAUGUCCGAAUUAUUCCCUGUUGUCUUGCGAGAAGAAUCCCUCAGAGAUGGACCGCUGUGUUACAUUGCUGUCAAGGUGUGCUUGCAGAUAUUUCAGCUGUUGUCCAGUGAAGUGGCUCCUCUUGUGUGGGUCAAGGAGCACAGGGCCCCGGCGGUGCAGACGAUCCUACAGGCGCUUAUGGACAUAAUACUUGGACAGUGCUGCAACAGGGACGCUCGUUUUCUGGCAGGCACCGCUGUGGCCAUGCUGAUCACCACGGCAACGGAGAGCGCAGCGGCACGAGCUGCUGCCUGGAGUCUGCUGCAAGUCUCACAUUCAGAGCCCUGGCUGCUGACUGUUGGUGCCCUCCAGGUACAGUGCAGCCCUGCAGAGACGGACGGAGUGGACAGGCUGGCUGUGAUCAGAGGCCUCCUGACCUGCUGUCGACCUCACAUCUUGCUCAGUUCACACAUGGAUGCCACAGACACGUGUGUGCUGCUGAAAGGUUUGUUUCCUGUGGUCUGUGGUCUGUGCGAGGAAAAGCUGGAUUGCCUCUACUUUGCCUUCGAAGCAUUAACGCUGUGGCUGAAGAAAGUGAAGGAAUGUCUGGCUGAUAUCUGGAAGUCGACAGGCGCUCGCCUCCUGCCUGACGACGGCAGCCUGCAGCAAGAGCUCAUUCACAUUAUGUGGUCCAAUGCAGAAAGCCCAGUGGAAGGUGUGUCAGAGUUUGUGCGUGGAGCCUUUAGUCUGUUGCUGGAACUCUAUGACAUGGACUCCAAGCAGUUUUGUGACACAAAGAGGCCUCUUUAUUUCACUCUACUUCAGCGAAUAAUCAAACUACCUUGGGAAGCCAAAGCCAAAUAUCACCGCCUUUGUGCCCUCCUGCCAUAUCUGGGUACUGACAUGGUGCUGGAUCAGUAUGCUGAAAUGCCCAGUCACCUGCUGAAGUGCUUGUCGACCAAUCACCUGUCACCGUGUGCUUCGGAGCUUUACAAGUGUCUCAUCCAGCAGCAGAGACGAGAGCUCUGCGACGGCUCGCAAAAGUCUGCUCCGCACACUGAGCAGGAUCUGGCCCGUCAGUGGGCGAGGCGUUGGCGGCCUGCCCUCCAUGAGGCGCUGACAUCUGAUGUGACCCUUCUGCAGAACAACAGUUCAACACACUUAUUACCCUGCACCUUUCAAGUCUUCCCCUCAGCUGUGGAUCAUCUGCUGGCCUCUCUGGAUCCGUUCGUCCCCGGCCACCUCCACGCCUGGGCCUGCAUCAUGAGCUCGUAUCGAGCCACCACCGGAGCCUCUCUGUGGGCUCUGCAGGGGACCUCAGCUCUCGAAACCCUUGAGCUAGCUCUAGGAUCUGCAGAUGACAAAGUCCGUAUCGCUGCUCUCAACGUCAUCUGCUGCAGCCCAAAGACCAAAGACACUCCAACGACCAAGGAGAUGGCAAUAAUGAGGAUGUUUAUUCCUCAGAACUUUAACUGUGAGUCUUCGCCUUUUCGACAGCACCUUCAGGCCGGUGUGAAGAGAUUUCUGGUUCGUAUCAGAGACGGCUGCCUGGCGCAUCUCAAAGGAAAGAAGGGAAAAAAGAAAGGAGAUGCCGAGUGCACAGAGGGCGAACAGGAUAUACUGGAGCAGGGAAUAGGGUUUGUGGAAUGGUUGGGUCAGCUUCCAUACAGCUACCUGGCACCAGGACACAGUUAUCAGAGGAAGAAGACUGCAUUGCUGUUGCUGUCUGCGGUGCUGGAGACCUGCACAGACACCUGGAGCCCAGACAAAAAGAAGGGACAACCUCCAGCAAAUAUGGGGUCUCUUAUUAAGUGUGCCCAACAAAGAGGACUUUGGGACUUCAUCUGCAGGACAAAGCAGCUGGUCCUAAUCAGCUGUUUAGAAGAUUCUACAAAUGAGAUUCGAGAACUUUCAGCCGGGUUACUAUUGAGGUUUUUCCCACCCAGUUUUCCCGAUGAUGUUGCUGCAGCGCUGCUCACACGAACCAAGCAGCUCCUUUGCAGUCCUCGUGUGCAGGAGGCUCAGAUGGGAGCGCUGAUGAUGAAAGUCCUCCUUCAGAAAUCACAAGACCAGCCUGAGGACUGCAGGCUGAACAGGAACAUUACUGUCAGCAGUGGAAGUAACUCCAAGGCCUCCUGCAUGGUCAGAUUUCUGGUGAAGGAGCUAGAGGAGCACUAUCUGACAGCCAAGGCUGACAUGAUGCUUGCUGCCAGAACCAAGCCUAUACAUGGUGUUCUGAGUGCUCUUCAGAGGUGUUUGCUUGAGGCACCUGACAGUGUCUCUGACGUACUCGACCGCAGUCUGACCACUGAGGUGCUAAGCCUGUUGGAGAAUAUCUCUCUGCUGCUGCUGGGUGUUUUGUACGGAGACCUGGACGCUUGCGCCGCUGAAAUUGAUGCCCCUCCUUCUUUUUGCGAUAUGGGAAACGCCAUCAGUUCUCUUAUAGCCCAGGCUUCUGGAGGGGGCCAAGGGGAUGGAGAGGAGUGUAUCCUGCUAUCUGAAGAGCACAGCCUCGUUCUCACCUGCUGCUGGGUCUCCCUCAAGGAAAUCGGAAUCUUUUUAGGUUGUCUGGUGGAAAAAAUUCUCUCUGAAUCCAAACCAAGCAAGUGCCUUCUAACGAAAGAGGAUCUAAUGAGAGCAUCGAAAGUAUUCAAAAAUAUUCUUCUCAAAUGCCGUCACUGGGGGGCAGUAGAGGGAUGCUGUGUGGGCUUCACCAAGUUCUGUGCCUCUUUGUUAAGCAGCAGUGAUACAGAGAUAAAGGAUAUCCCGGCCCACAUGCUGAAACAAGGCUUGCAGGUAGUGCAGUCUCCUCGCUCCACAUCUGUGACCCGGCGGGCUGCAGGAUUGCCUAUGCUUAUCCUGUGUGUCCUGUCAGCCGGGGAGGCCAAUAAAGCAAGAUCACUGUUAUCACACAGUAUGCAAACAUUACUGGAGACAGCCAAGACCCCUCUGCGUGAGAACUGGGACCAAACACUGGACCUGCCGCAGGUGUGUGCGGUCCACACUCUGCAGGCCCUGGUGCGUGGUUCAGGUCUGGGAGUAGCUGUUCUUCAGUUUGCUCCUGCUGUAGCCAUCUUGUCACUCACUCUGCUCAGUUCUCCCUGCUGGGCCAUGAGGAAUGCUGCCCUGCAACUUUACAGUUCUCUGUGUUCGCGAAUGCUUGGCCAGCGGCCCAGCAGUGAAGAGGAUGGCCCCGCCCAGCAUGGCAUGUCCCCCUUUGCCUUCUUCUUCCAUUACCCUGAGCUCCAACCCUUCCUCCUUGGGGAGCUGAGAGGGGCAGCACAAGACCUUCAGGGUCCAUCUAAUGAGGCCAAGCUACACCUCCAGCCCUCGCUCUACCCCAUCCUCACUCUGCUAGCUCAGCUCCAGCCUGGUGUCCAAGACUCAACAGAAACUUUGUCAGACUUCCUGCCUCCUUUACUCCAGCUAUCUGCCAGCCCUAUUUACAGUGUGAGAGUCAUGGCCUCGAAGGCUUUGGUUGCCAUGACUCCCCCUUCAGAGUACAUGAACAUCCUUAUCAAACUCAUGGCUCAACUGCCCAGUGUAGAGGAGCGCUGCUGUCACAACCGCCUCCACGGGCAGCUGCUGCAGAUCAAAGCUGUUCUGGAGAGAGCUCUGUGCACGGACAGUGCCCCUUCAGCUGACCUGAGUGACGUGCUGAGCAGGAUGGAUGACUCGCUGUGGCUGGUGACUGUGGCUCAGCGCUGCCCCCUAGUGAGAGCCGCCUACCUCGGAGUGGCGGAGUCACUGAGGAGAUUCUGCUGCCAGACCUACUUGUCAAAGCUCAGUGACACACUUAUGCACGACCUUCAGACAUCUCAAGAGGAACGUCAGAUUGGGUUGUCAUCCUUCCACCAACAAGCCGUACACUUUCUGUGUGCAGAUCUAACACUGGCAUGUCGAAUCUGGGACAGCUUCUCUGCACUGAGCCCUGAUGUGAGGCUCUCGUUGGUCACAUGGGCAGCGGACGGGCGGGGUUCACAACAGAGCGGCUUGAGAGAGGUGAUCCUUAGGGUGUUGCAGUCAAACCUGAGGGAGGCGUUGUUGAGCCGCAGCGUGGAGUACCGCAGGGCCUACCUCGCAGCCCUGGGAGUCGCAAUGGCUGGAGGUGGUUUUACUGCACCCCAGCAUCUUCCUCAGUCAGCUGCACUGGAGGAACCAGUUCUACCUGAGUGCCUGAAUCUCUUGCUGAGGGACCUGGAGGAGCAGCGAGGUGGCCCAGAGUUUCUGUCCCAGGCUCUAUAUGCUGUUAGUCUGCUGCUUUCCCAGUGGCCAGACUCCAGUCUGAAGAUAUCCAUGUUCCAGCGCUGGUGUAGCAUCCUGGAGCACCAGCGGUCCCCGGAUGCCCCGGAAGUGCUCAGGAUGGCAUGUGCUGAAGCUCUGUGUGUGGCAGGAGUUCCACUCAUGAGCCUGAGAGAACUCAGCGCUGCCACCAUGAGCAGGUUGAUCAGCACAGGCCUGUACUUGCUGCAGGACCAAAGCCAGCAGGUGAGGAUGAAAGCGGCCUGUUUUACCUCCAUGCUGCACCAUGCGAGAAGAAGAGAAAGCCAGAGGAGCGUCUAUUUCAUGCAGGUCAACCAGGCUCUGCCGCUCCUGUUGGACCUGCUGCUGGAGGAAUGCUGGGAUACUCCUGGCACACUGGAGGUGCUGCUGUCUAACCAGCUUCAGCCUGACCUCAGAUCUGUGCUGAGAGAGGCCUCGCAGACGGGGUGUUCCUCCUUGUAUGAGCAGGAUGAAGCCAAUGUGUUUGCAGAGCCUUCUGUGAUGUCUGCGCAUGUUCUGCCUUAUCUGCUACAGAUGGCUGAGAAAUACUUGGAAUCCCCUGCUUUGGCACAGAGCCUGAGUGCAUGGGCAGAGGAGAGUGCUGCACAGGUGCUGGAGAACCUUGCAGUGUGCAAAGAGCUCCAGCCAGGUGAGACAUUGACCCCAGCCUGGCUCGCUCUCCUCGUGGACCCGCGUCUCCACAGCACCCUGUGUGGCCUGUUCACCAGGGCUGCCCUUCUCUUACGUCUGUUGGAAACAUCUGAUGAUGUACGACACCUUUGUGAUCCUUCGUCCUUGCACACGAGUUUACAGGAAGUUUGUAGCCUUCUCAGUCAGAAUGGCGUUCACUUUCCCUCUUCUCUAACAGCCGCUGUGGCUGCAGAACUGCCAGUAUGACAGAACAGAGUGGUUUUCCUAUGACUAUCAGUGAGCAAAGCAUUUGGCUGAUGAGGCCCAGGAUGAAAGUACCUGGAUAUGUCAGUGAUGCCUAUGUCAUCUGAAUGUGCAGCAUUAGUCUUGAAUGAGUGUUGCAGCUGCUGAUGCUGCAGUACACUAGCAGUACAGUCAUGCUGACUUAGUUAUGUAAAUCAGUUGCUCGGUCCAUUUUAAUGGGUAAUUAUAUUGCCUGUACAGAGAAAAAACGUGCUGGAUAUUAGUGUGACAAAACAGCUGCUCUUCAUAAGAUCUGUUUUUGUUACCGUUUUUGAAUAAGAGUUUAUAACAUUACAUUUUCUGAAGCUUUAUUCAUUUUUAGAAUAUAGCUGUUUCAUGCAGGGCAAGUUGCAAAGCCCCAGAUCAGUCUUAUUGAUCACUGCCCCCUCCCAAACGAUAUACACUUUUUUUUUCCCAGAGUGUCCCACUGUGCUGAAGUUUGUUUGUCAUGUCUCAGCAGUAACAGUAUUAGGGCUUUGACUGAUGCAGUGAUGUAAUGCAGCAGCAUCAGGAGCAGUUGGCUGCUUGUUCCAGUGGGGGGAUAUCGUGUGUGGUUUAAUGGUCCGUUAGAGGCCUUCUGCCUGUAUAAGUGCUCGUUUUCCAACCGCAUGAAGGGCUGAAUGUGAUGGACUGGAUCUGAUAACGAGCCAUCAGUUGCUCCGCAACGGACCGCACACUACAGCAGUCUGACAUCAUGCGAUAGCCCACUGCUUUUGUUUGAGAUGGGCGGCUCUCAGGAGUGGACAUACACUGACAUGAAGGAGUUUGUACAUACAUGACUAUGGUUGGCCACGUUGGGCUUUUAAUUAAAUGUACAUGGAAAUUUUUAUUGUUGUUUCCGCAUGACUUUUAUUUCCUUGAGUAGAUUUUCGGGGCCUGACCAAGCAAUUUAUCAAAAUCCAACUUUAAAACAGCAGAGUUGCAGGUUUUUACUUUAGUUUUUUCUGUUUCACUCACCUGCAUGUGUACAUAAAGUACAUCCAUUUCAGUUAAUGUUUCCAUUGUGUAUGCCAGGAGCGUUUUGUUUGAGAGCUUAUGCAACAGCUGUGACACCAAGCUUGUAUUAAUGAUUCAUACGUAAAGCUUAUGCAAUGCAAUCCUUGAAACUCAUUACAAAAUGAACACCUGUUGAUGCAGAGUUCUCGUAGAGCUCUCAUAGAGCUCUGCACAGUAACACGUGCCUUACAGGAAGCUACAGAUGUUUCAAAACAAGAUAAUGCUGGAUAAUGAAAGUUAUGGGGUAAAACUGUGACAUUAACAUUUUUUCUCAAGACUUGAAGCAUCUUAUCAAGAAUCCUUGCAAAAUUUGAAUUAUGCCACACCAUUGACUGUGUGGCUGUUGCCAGACAAAAACAAAACAAUGUACUUCAGUUUCAUAGAUUCAUAAGCACAGCACUGCACAGACCCUUUAAAGCACAAACGGGGGCCUGAACUUUACGUGUGGUAGGGUUGUCAAUUGACUAAUCAUUGCUGUAAUCGACGGCUUAAUUUAAAUGAAAAAACAGUAAUGUGGCUUUCUGUUCCCUCUGCCAGACACUGCUUGAACAAUGAGCGCACUGUUGUGUCUUCUGCCUUCUGCCUCGACCUUGAAAACAAAGUUUCAGAAGGGAGUUUAAAAACAAGGCUGAAAUUUUUCCUACAGGCAAAGUUUGUAAAACUGGAAAAAGAUCAUCUGCCUUUCUGAAAGCCUUUGCUAUUGUUACUAUGAGUGCAGAGUCUCUUAGUAAACCUCCAUCCUGCUAAUGAAAUGAUUAACUGUGGCAACAGGGAACAAGGCCAAGUAGGUACAACCACUAUUAUUAGGUGUGUGUGUGUACAUGUGUGGACCGUUUGGAGCGGAGUGUUUUUCCACUGAAGCAGACAAUGGAUGUUAGCUCUUCAGGUUAAUGGAAGCAAAUAUUUUUUAUCUUACAAAUGGAAUUGCAGUAACAAUAUUAUCAAAUGAAUAUGAAAUUGCUUUUGGAAAGAAAGCAUUGUGUUUUUUGAUUUUUUAAAUUUUUUUUUAAGAAAAGAACUGUUCAUGCUGAAUAUAUUAAAGUGAAUUAC